AUUCAAACUCCAAUCAAACAUAUUAUCAAAACUCUAACCUAAAAGAAUAUCAAGUGUUUACUUGAAGAGUUGCUGUUAUUUAUCAAUAAAUAAAUGUGUAAUAAAUAAAUAAAAUGGCAGACGUCCGUGACAUUUUGGACAUCGAAAGUCCAGCAGCCGGAGAACUAACACGUGAGUCGAUAUUUGGUAAUAAAAAAACAGUCAAAAAAUAUGAUUACAAAGUUCCUAAACGUCCUGAGGGGAUGCAUCGUGAGGUAUUUGCAUUAUUGUGCAAAGACAAUACUGACGUGCCACCAAUUUACCCCACUGACACCGGGAAAGGGUACAAGCAAGCGCGAGCCAAACUUGGUAUGAAAAAAGUGCGCCCUUGGAAAUGGACACCGUUCACAAAUCCAGCUCGUACUGACGGUGCUGUAUUCCAUCACUGGAGACGCGUUGCCGACAACACCAAAGAGUAUCCAUUUGCGAAGUUCAAUAAAAAAAUUCCUGUUCCAAGUUACAGCAACACGGAAUACAAUCAGCACUUGGCUGCCAACGGAUGGACCCGCGCAGAGACGGAUCAUUUGUUUGAUUUGUGCCGCAGGUUUGACUUGAGGUUUAUUGUCAUCCAGGACAGGUGGGACAGGAGUAAAUUUCCUCCUAGAACUGUCGAAGAUUUAAAGGAAAGAUAUUAUCAGGUUUGCGGGGCGCUGACUAAAUCUAAAUCUUACUCAGAUAAAAUUUACGUAUUUGAUGCCGACCAUGAGAAGCGACGUAAAGAACAACUGAAAAAAUUAUUCGAACGCACGCCGGAGUUGGUCGGUGAAGAGCAAACUCUGCUGACGGAGCUGAGAAAAAUAGAGCAGAGAAAGAAGGAACGAGACCGCAAGACACAGGACCUGCAGAAAUUGAUCACCGCAGCCGACCAUCAAGCAGAUCCGCGUAAAAAUGAACGUAAACAGGCAUCGAAAAAGACGACGACCACAGCCAGAAACAGGCCCAAUAAGUCCGAUGCUGCCUACACGCAGAAGCUUCAGGUGGUCGAGUCCGCGGGAAUUAAAUUCCCUGAUUUCAAAAAUAGCGGAGUGAGUUUACGCGGCCAGAGACUGAAGUUGCCCAGCAGUUUGGGUCAGAAGAAGAUAAAAGUUAUCGAAACGAUGCUGAAUGAACUGAAGAUGGAUUUGAAUCCCCCGCCUACUGAAGAGAUUUGCCAACAAUUCAAUGAACUGAGGAGCGACAUAAUUCUGCACUUUGAAUUACAAGGAGCUCUCGCUACUUGUAAUUAUGAACUCCAGUCCCUGCGUCAUCAGUACGAGGCUCUAGCGCCUGGAAAAACUCUGACCAUACCAGCAGCGCUGAUGCCCAAAAAUGAAGAGGUCAAAUCUGAAAUAAUUGAUGUCGUUGGAUGUAUAUAAUUAAUUAUUCACUAAUUAACGAUUUCCAUCCAGUACCAGACUGGAUAAUUAAAAAUGUCUCUAUGAAAAAUUUAUUUUUAAUUAAUUAAUUUAAAAAAAUUAAUUACCGGCAUUAAGGCCAUACUCAAACAGUGCCCCCUACUUUUUCAAAACAUUCAAUGAUUUUAAAUUGUAAUGAUCGUAUUAAAAUUUUGAUAAUUAACCAAAAAAAAAUUGAAUCAUUAAUUGAAAAAAAGGCUACGCAGUUUCAAUUGUCACCGGGACAUAGAUUUUUAAAAAAUUAUUAAUAGUUGAUAUCAAUUAGGAGUUAAACGAAAUUUUUAAAUAAAUUUCAGUAAAAUCUUCAUGUCAAUUUUAAAAUUUUUUAGGCGAAAAUUUAUUUACUAAAUUUCUAAUUGAUAACAACUGAGUAAUUUUUAAAAAAAUCUAUAUCAGCGAAAUUGUAACUGCGUCGUCCUUUUUUUAAUUAAUGCUUAAAUUUUUUAAAAAUUAAUUAUCAAAAUUUAAAUACUAUUGUGACAUUUAAAGGUCAUUUAAUAUUUUUAAAAAGUGGGGGCACUGACUGAAAAUGUCCUAAAAAAUUAUCGUAACAAAUUACGAUCUUAUUGAUAAUAUUUAAGUAAUAAAAUAUAAUAAUUAAUAGUAAUUGCAAGUGUAAUUUAAGUUUAAAAUGAAUAGUAAUACUUGUAAAUAAAUAAUACCUUUUAAAUAGUUACUUAUAUCUCUGUGUAUUUUAUAUUGUCGACAAAAAGUAACAAUUUACGGUCAAACCGUAUAAUUUAUCUACAACAAUCUACAAUAGAUUACAAUAUGUUUAAUUUUAUUUUUUAUUUUAUUUAUGUUUUCUUUUUCAAAUAUUUAUUUAAUUCACUUU